AUGUCCGCAAGAGCAGAGGAACCAGAUGACGAUAUAGAGAAUGCGGAUUUGAUACGCACAGGUUAUCUGCUGGAUUUGGUUUUCGACUUUAUACUUUCGGCUUCCUAUUGGGUUUGCGCGUUUUCGACCAACCCACUCCACGCCUCGCAACUUUUCCUCUCGGCCUCCCUCUCCAUCCCCAUCUUCGUUUUUCACCUUUGCCCUCCCCCUUUUGCCCUUGUUCUACGUGCUUCACGCCCUCCUGAGAGAUAUUGCCCCCCCGUGCUUGUCCUAUCCCUUGCUUCAACAGCUAAUCCUCGCGUGCUCCAGCUCCUCGUGAGCUCCCCGCAGCACACCCUCACUCCACACACCGCCCACCGCUCUUCACCCUCGUGCUUCAUAGCUCCCUCCUGCAGCCUGCCUUCCAUCCGGCCAACAAACCGGGCCGUGCAACAUAUCUGGAACAGGACACGAGGACUAACCCUUGAAGAAAACCCCUCCCUCGAAGACGCCCGCAAAAGCUCGCACUUCCUGUGCUGCUUUAACCCAUAUCUAUCUCUCGACCCAAACCCAUAUCGCAGCGCCUCUUUGCGCCAGCCGUCCCCGUCGAUGUGGAUCUUCCGAAUCUUCUCGUCGGCCGUCUUCCUCACGUCCAUCGUCCUCUCGAUUCCUCUUGCCUUCGAUGUUGGUGGCAGGACCUGUGGCCUAGGUUUCUCCCUGUGCCUGGCUGCCUUCUAUUUCUUCUUCUCCCUGCUCAGACUCACCACCCCGGAUCGCUCGUGGACCCGAAACUCCGUGAUCCUCAUUCUCAGGUCUACACAAUGGCUUAUUGUUCCGGCUUUACUCAUUUGGUCGUUGAACCGCUUCUCCGUCGAUGCGAACGAUAGUGGUGGUAGCUCCACCGGCGGUAUCCGGGUUGGAUGGGUUGAGCGCACCUUUGGCGGGAAGAGGGCGCAAAAUACUUCGAUUGUUCGAUGGUUGUUUGGGGCAAAUGGCCUUGUAGAGAAUGCUACUGUGGGUGGGUGGGAUACGCUGUUGAGCUGGUCAACUCCGUUUUUCCAACUGGCGGAGGGGUUUUGCAGUUUGCUUGUCAUCCAGGCCGCUGGACAGAUCACGAGGUGGUUGGUCAAUCGAGGCGGGAGAAGCGAUAGUUGGAUGAUUGGCCUUCUAGUCCUGUCCGCAUCCGUAAUCUCAAGUUCCGUUUACUUUCUCUGGCGCGUCUUACAGUUCCCCGAAAUCAGCAACGUCGAUUCAGCCCUGAUCGGCGUCUCCAUUACCUGUGCUGUGUUCCUUUGCGCCUGGGGUAUUGGCAGUGGACGAGGAAACCCGGUGGAGAGCUCACUGCUCUUCGCCUACGUCGUCUUGUGUAUCUACCAGAUCUUCACGGACUAUAAGUCCUCAUCCUCCACGUCCGCCACCGAGCCUCUCUCCGCAUCCGCCUCCCAAACAGCCGAAUUCCCUCCUCUACCUCCUAUCAUCAUGGCUUCCUAUACCACUCUCAUGCACGCUCUCUCCACACUUCCUUCCAUCAUCCAUGCAGCCUUCAACGUCGUAAGCGCGGCCUUCAGUGCCGUAACGCCGUCGGUCCUGAUUUCCCUCACCUAUCGACUAUUCGUCUUCUACGCAUCCACAAGAAUCAUCCCAGCUGUUCGCGAGGCCGGAGCCCGCGCCCUUUCCCAGGAGGCCUCCCUGGAGGAUUCGGAUGUCGCUGGCCAAUUCCUAGGCCUUCUGAGUUGGUUUUCCCCUUCCAUCCUCAUUGCCGUGUAUACAAGUCUGUUGAUGCAGCACUUUGCAUCCACCUCCCAAGCAAUGGGGGGGAAUGGGAAUGGUGAAUGGUGGAGCAACCGCGGCGAUGGGGCCGGGAAUUUCUGGAGAUGGAUCAAUCUUGGUUGUACCAUGGCAUUGUACGCGGUCGAGCUAUGGAUAGGGAAACAUGAUGAUAUUGACUCUGGACUUGCGGGACACUGGAAAACGGAUUGA